AUGAGUUUUCCCUUGAAAAUAACCAUCAUCAACAUUCUCAUACUAUCUUCUUCUGCUCAUGGCGAAAUGAAUACGCGGCCUUUUGGAAAAAUAUAUGCAUUUGGGGACUCCCUUACAGACACUGGCAACACACAGUCUGGCACUGGAUCAAACCUUCCUUAUGGCCAAACAUUCUUUCACCAUCCCACCAACAGAUACUCUGACGGACGCCUCGUGAUCGACUUUGUAGCUGAGUUGUUAUCUUUACCAUAUUUACCACCUUAUCGUAACACAACUGCUGAUAAGUCAAGUGGUGUAAAUUUUGCAGUUGCUGGUUCCACUGCUAUUGAGCACGAAUUCUUCGUACAGAACAAUAUCACACGAGAUUAUACCCCAGAGUCACUUGAAACUCAACUUUCUUGGUUUACAAAGUUCUUAGAGAGUCAAGGGUGUAUAGACAUAAAAGCUACAUCACAGAAGUGCAAGGCAGUGUUUGAUGAGGCCUUGAUAUGGGUUGGUGAAAUUGGAGCUAAUGACUAUGCAUAUAUAGUAGGAUCUUCUGUCUCGGAUAGAACAAUUCAAGAGCUUGCAAUCAAGAGAACAACUGAUUUCUUAGAGAUAUUGUUGUAUAAGGGUGCAAAGUAUGUUGUUGUGCAAGGUCUUCCUCCAACAGGAUGCCUCACAUUGGCAAUGUAUCUCUCUCGAGAAGAUGACCGAGAUGACAUUGGAUGUGUUGGAAGUGUGAACAAGCGGAGCUACAGUCACAACACCAUCUAUCAAGCCAAAUUGCAAGUUUUUAGGAAACAGUUUCCAGAUGCUAUAAUUGUUUAUGCUGAUUACUGGAAUGCUUACCACACUGUCAUAAAGAAUGCACAUAAUUACGGCUUCAAUGAGCUGUACAAAGUUUGCUGUGGAUCCAGUGGUGGGCAGUAUAACUUUGAUUCUUCUGGACCGUGUGGCUCGCCUGUCUCAACUACCUGUGCCAAUCCCUCUGAGUAUAUCAAUUGGGAUGGAGUCCACCUCACUGAAGGCAUGAACAAGGUGGUUUCUGACUUGUUUCUCCAUGGAGCACUCACCAGCCCACCAUUUCAGUACCUGCUAAGCAUUAAAAAAAACUCUGGAUGACUGAUAAGUGAUAGCACUCAUCAGCGCAGGAUUUUAAUGCUCGUCAAUGUGAUCAACAAUUCAACUCAUAAUUGCUACUGUAUGAAGUGUUACUUAUGUAAUAAUAUUAGAUUAGAGUUUAUAUUCUAAUAAAGUGCAAGCUUUAUCCCAA